AUGACCGAUGAUUCUAGUGAGUCACCAUCCUUCAUAGCUUACAUUUGGGCUGGUUUAAUUGGUGGUGUGACACAAAAAAGAAAGAAUUCAAAAAAUCAAACCGAAGAUGAUGAAUCAGUAUCGUCAGCAGUCGAACGACAAACAGAAAAUUCACGUAAAGGUGGAACUAUUUGGGAAGCUGUACGUAAAGCAGAUGAACUUGCAUUUAAACGUCUUCUUGAUGAUAAUCCAAAUCAUGCUGAUGCACGUGGUCCUGUUGGAGAAUGCCCUAUUCAUAUGUUAUUUUUAUAUGGAACAGAAGCUCAUCUUAGUAUGGCUCGAUAUUUAAUUGGAAAGUUUCCACAUACAAUAACACAAAUAUAUAAUCAAGCUGAAUAUUAUGGUGAAAUGGCCCUUCAUAUUGCAAUUAUUAAACGAAAUGCAACAAUGGUUGAAUGGCUAUUAGGUCAUGAACAGAAUAAAGCCUAUCAACAACAACAAACAACAGCAGCUGCUAGUGGAAAGUUUUUUCAAGUAGGUCGACCAUGUUAUUAUGGUGAAACUCCAUUAGCAUUUGCUUGUUGUACGAAUCAAUGGAAUAUAGCAGAAAUUUUGCUUAAAUAUGGCGCCUCGAUGGAUGCGGUUGACUCCAACGGCAACAACGUACUGCAUUUACUUGUGAUUCAUAAUUUACCUGAUAUGUAUACUACGGUUAAGCAACGUUGGUUAGAAGAACAAGAGGAAAACGAGUCAAGUGAUGAAGAUGAUGAUGACGAUGAAUAUUUUCAAUUAGAGAGAAAACAUGUUACUCCAUUAUGGAAACGUUUAAAUAAAGAUGGUUAUACACCAUUAACACUAGCUGCUAAAUUAGGUCAAGCUGAAAUGUUUUCAUUUUUACUGGAGGAACGUAAAAUAACUCAAUGGAGUUUUGGACCUGUUGCAUGUGUACUUUAUCCACUUGAUCAAGUCGAUUUAGAUUUUCAAGAAGAUAACCUUGAAACACCAGCCUGUGCACUUGAAUUAAUUGUACAAAAUGCUCAUGUUGAACUUAUUAUGCACCCACGUAUGAUUGAUUUAGUUGAUAAGAAAUGGGAACGUUUUGCAAGAAGAAUUUUUUUCAGUCGAUUUCUUUUUACACUUUUCUAUAUGUCAGUCUUUCUUAUUACAACUAUACUUGAUCAAACACGAACAGAAACGACUGAAGGUGAAGGCGAAGAUGCCGUAGUAAUAGGUGUUGAACCAGCAGGGACGAUUUGUCAAAUACUAUGUACUGUUGGUCGUUUAUUUGUGUUAGCAGGAGCGAUAUGGAAAGGCAAAUCUGAAUUUAGAGAGAUAAAGACUAUAGGCAUACGAAAAUAUUUUCAAACAGCGGGUUCUGGUUUUCUUGAAAAUUGCUUAGCAUGCCUAUUUUGUACAACUAUUUAUAUAGUUAAUAUUCUUCGAAUAUUCGAUAUGGAUGCUGAAUUACCAGCCUUAGCAAUAGCAUCAUUACUUGGUUGGGGUUAUAUGCUUUUUUUUGUUAUGGCAUUUCGAUUGACUGGUCCAUUUGUUGUGAUGAUAUAUGAAAUGCUUUUUAAUGAUGUUCUUCGAUUUUGCAUUAUUUAUGUAGUAUUUCUUGUAGGAUUUUCACAAACAUUUUUCAUCUUAUUUAAUUAUAAUGGUUUUUCUGGUUUUGUUCUUAGUGUUAAACAAAGUUUUUUAGGCAUGUUAGGAGAUUUUGAUCUUGAUGCUUAUACAAGUACAAAAUAUGCUUAUAUAAGUGUAAUAAUUCUUAUUAUUUAUAUAAUUGUUGUAACAAUUUUAUUACUUAAUUUACUUGUUGCUAUGAUGGGUGAUACAUAUGGAAAUAUAAUUGAAGGUGCAACACAAGUAUGGCAUUUAGAACGAGCACGUAUUGUAUUUGCAAUUGAAAGUGAAAUGGACAAUGAACAACGAAUUUUACCAAGAAAUAAAUAUUGGACUAAUGUUGAUGGUGAACGAUAUUUACAAGUCGAAGAAGUUAAUGAAAAAGAUUUUCUUGCACAAAAUAAUGCUGAUGAAGCUGAUGCUAGUGAUGAAAAAGAACACUUGAGAAAAAAAUCUAGUGAAAAUGCAACUGAAUUUUAA